AUGAUAGUAAGGCUGAUGGCCGUGUGGGUGAUAGUUACCGGACGACGUCGAGCGGCUGCGAUUCUCGUUCAUGGCACCUCGCUCCCUCCUGACCGUGCAUUGUGGCCAAGCUACAUGUCUGGAGGCAGUCUCGCUUCACCUAAACUGUCGGGCACUGGUCUCCCUCGUAUUGCCAACGCCGCCUCUUCUCGUCACAUUGGUUCCCCAGCCGCGACCGUCUCCUCGUUUGCCCGCGAUGAACCACCUUCCUCCCGAUUUGGCGACGAGGAGCUCGAAGGAGUGAACCAGAUCGAGGAAGAUGACGAAGAUGCGAUAUUGCGUUGCCCUCAUCAACGUCCCAAUAUGCACCCACCUCUGCUAACACGAUUCAUGGACGCAGCAGGAGUCGUUCGGUCGGUUAUCAUCCCUAUGGCUCGCACGGUGCUGGAGCGCGUGUGCUCCCUGCUUCGCUUGGCGCGACAUCGUAUGGAUGGGGCGUCAUUAGCGAAUCUGGAAAAUCUGCAAAGGCCAUUGGAAAUACUUCCGA